GACAUGGCAGCGGCAAGCGCGUCUUUUUGCCGAGAUGUUGGUCGACAUGCGUUGGCAGUUUGCAGGGGCCAGAGCUUUCACAAGGAUGUUUCAGAACCUGCUGGAUGAUGUGCCUUCAGGGCCAUCUUUCCACAACAUGGACAGGUACAACUUCGCGAAGCUCCUGGCCGAAAUGUCGAUGGAUAUGGAAUUGACGCGCCGCAACACAACCUCAUGGGGUAUUGCAGCCACAGAACUUUUCGAGGAUGUUGAACAAGCCUUGGUGGAUCGGUUGGGUGAUUUUGCGCAUUCUGUAGGGUCUUCACUUGCCGUCCCGUUGAGACUGCAAGAGGAACGCGAGGAUGAUAGUGGUGAGAUGAUACCAGUACCAGAUGCGGGUAAACGAGACGCGGUGGUGCUACGUCAACCUCAUCACAUGCUCUUUGUGAAUAUGCCUCUGGGGGUUUAUGUUCGAAACUCUCCGCACUUGUACGAGAUGCUGUCUCGGUUGCGGCAUUUGCGGGAAGGCACCGGUGUGGAGUCAGUACACCAGAUGCUGGCUGUGUUGGACGAAGGUGGCCAUUGUUAUUCAGUUCUGGUGUAUGCAAUCAUGGCUGCAAUGCAGCUUCUCUUUCAGGUUGCCCGUGUUCGCACUGCAGCAGCAUGGAAGCUGCGAGAGCUAUGGCCGUUGAACGGUUCAACCUUGGACUCCUCAUCCUGCCUCUUCUGCGAGAGGUUGAUGUUCCGAGGAAUAUGGGUUCCUCGAGAGGUUGAUGAAGUGGCCGCGCGCCUGCAGCACUCCUUCAAUUCAUUUUCCCGGGAAGCGGACGGCGUGCGCAAAGUUUUACGGUUUUAUGCCAGAUCGCAAGGCACCAAGAUAGCUGCCUUGGCGCAGCAAGAGCAGCAUGUUCUAAUACUCGUGGCCCGGCGUUGCCCGCAACAAGAAGACUGGGCAUUUCCCAUGCAGUUUUUCAGCUGGCACGAAAGCAGAGAGGGAGUCUUGGAGCGUGAGUUGGUGCUUCCCCCAUUUGUAGCCUACGAGUUUGAGUCGGAUUUGGAGCUGUGCAGCGCGAUGUCUGCUUUGGUCCGCGCGGAGAAGGUGGCGGCAUUGGAAGACAGAUGGGGCUUGCCUCCGAAGUUCUUUGCCUCCGAAGUUCCAAAGUUAUUGCGUUGGCUUGCAGACCCUCGGUCGAUGCUGUUGCAUGACUUGCUGGGGUCCCCUCCCUGCAUCACCGUGCGGUUCGUUCGAGGGAUCGCUUUGGCCGAUCCUGUUCGCACCCUGCUGGAAACAAGCGACCCGAAUGUUCCAUGUUUGCUGGAGUUCCCGCCUUGCUGGCGCGUCGUUGGAGGCGAGCAGACGGGAGGCUUGCUUGUACGACAGGGUCCUGGUUUGGACUCUGCUCUAUUCCCGGAGCGCCUGGAGCAUGGUGCACUCAUCGCGGAAGUAGACGUUCAAGGGGCAAGGAUGCAAUACCGCAAGCUGCUGGGUGGAGGACCGCCGCAAGGCUGGAUCACGAAGUUCGUGCAGCAGAGUAGCAAGCUUCUCAUAGUGCGUGAGCAUUGA